AAGGGGACAGCCUUACAGCCAAUCAGCUAUUAGCCACGUGGAGGGGCGGGACUUCGAGCAUAACAACGGAGUCAGCUGUGCGGGAGCUGGGAGAGGAUCGUGAGAGGAGACAGCGGCUGUACACCGGGUAAUAAUGUGGAAGGCAUUGCUUCUUCUGUGCCACUUGCUUGUGGUGGGCCUGUUCUCCGAUAUCCAUGCCUCAUGUGAUCUUCAGGCGAUCACUGGUGAUGAUGCAGAGAUAUGUAGUAAUGGCUUCCAUGUUGAGUAUCCAAACAUAGGGGAUAUGUCCUGCAAACGUGUUACACUCUGUCAUAAUGUCACCAAAGACCUGAAGGUAGCCCCAGUGGUUACAUACCCGAACGCCCAGGAGGAUAAGAAAUAUAUUCUGAUGAUGGUUGAUCCAGAUGCUCCCAGCCGAAACAAUCCAAUACGCAGGUACUGGAGACACUGGUUGGUCGCGGACAUACAGGGCCAGGAUAUUCUGUCUGGAGAAAUUCUUAAAGGAAAAACAAUAGCAGAAUACAAUGGUCCCGCUCCUCCUGCAAACACUGGAUAUCAUAGAUAUGAAUUCCGUCUGUAUGUGCAGCCCCCAGAUUCCUCCCCUGCUCUUCUGGCAUCUGAAGAGAAAGUUCGAGCUAACUUCGACCCUGAUGCAUUUGCUUCACGCUUCAGCUUGGGGAAACCAGUGGCCCAGACUCAGUUCAUGGCCCAGAAUCUUCAACAAAAAGAUCUUUAAAAGUUACAAGCAAUCAUCAAAUCACAUUGCAUCUGCCAAGGGCACCACUGCUGUUUCCUUGCUGAAAAAUUGCACAACAAAGGACAAACUUACUGCUUUAUGUUGUCUGCUUUUAUGAGGAUAGUAUCCUAUAUGUGUGUGUGUGUGUAUAUAUAUAUAUAUAUAUAUAUAUAUAUAUAGCCAGGGACUAUUGAUAGGAUUCAGAUUAUUGGGCAGACUAAAUGGGCCAAAUGGUACUUAUCUAUGUUUCUACAUAUAUAUUAAAGGGGUACUCCGGUGAAAACCUUUUUUCUUUUAAAUCAACUGGU